CAUCGACGCUUGACCAAAUCCCAAGAUGACUUAUCAGUCCCCAUCCCUCUCUCCGGAGCAGAAGAAAGAGCUCUCUGACAUCACUCAGAGGAUUGUAGCUCCAGGAAAGGGAAUCCUGGCUGCAGAUGAAUCAACAGGUACCAUGGGAAAGUACCUCCGGAAGAUCAACAUGGAGUACAAUGAGGAGAAUCGUCGCUACUUCUGCGACCUCCUCUUCUCUGUUGAUCCCUCAGUUACCAACAGUGUGGGUGGGGUCAUCUUUUUCCACGAGACGCUCUACCAGAAAUCUGACAACAGCAAGCUUUUCCCCCAGGUCAUCAAGGUGGACAAAGGCACAGCUGCUCUAAAUGGGACUGACGGAGAGACCACCACACAAGGCCUUGAUGGACUUUCAGAGCAAUGUGCUCAAAACAAGAAGGAUGGCUUUGACUUUGCUGAAUGGAAGUGUGUGCUGAAGAUCAGAGAUGGGUGCCUGUUGGCUCUUGCAAUUGCAAAAAAUGCCAAUGUCCUUGCCAGAUAUGCCAGCAUCUGCCAACAGAAUGGCCUUGCACCUAGUAUUGAGGAGCCAGAGAUAUUGCCUGAUGGAGGUCAUGAUCUGCUGCACUGCCAGUAUGUCAUAGAAAAGGUUCUGGCUGCUGUUUACAAAGCUCUGUCUGAUCACCACGUCUAACUGGAGGACACCCUGCUGAAGCCCAACAUGGUCACUGCUGAACAUUCCUGCCCUAAAAAAUACACCCCUCAGGAGGUCGCCAUGGCCACAGUGACAGCCCUGAGACGCACUGUCCCUGCCGCUGUGCCAGGUAUCUGCUUC